GGCGCCGCUACGUAGCAGCGUCCACACGAAUACUUUUCUCCUUCUAAAAAAACACCAGCCAUAUAUUCCUGGGUCUUGGGCGGCCGCUCUCCGUCGCGCUAACUCCGCCGCCGCCGCAGUGCUGCCAGUCAUCUUCCCUUCGAAGGACUGAUUCUGGCGCGCCGGUGUGACGGAGAGGCGAGGCGGCGCAGGGCAGGGUGUGGAUUGAAUCUGGCGCCAUCGUCCGUCCCCGAUUCGCCCUCACCGCAGGCAGGGCAGGGCGGCAGGGCCAUCAUAUAAUAAAUUCAAGGCUCGAUCUUUCUGCCGAAACUCUUCAAGGACGCUUGAUUGGUGAACACAGAGGCAGAGCUGCAGCAGGAGGAGGAUUAGAUAGAUUACUCUGUUAUUACUAUUAGGUCUUCUGUCAAAUCGCAGUGGGGAUGUCUAAUAAGCGCCGGGGAUAUGCCGGCGACGGCGGUGAAAAGAGGUCGCGGCGGAUCAAGCAUCUGUACCUCGUGUUGGAUGACUGGACCAAGGGGUACAGCAUCCACAAGAUCCAAGCCGACAGCUUCGACUCUGACUCUGAUGACCAGCACAGCGGCGCUGCCCGGCACCUCCCGGAGCCUCCGACCCUGCGGUUAGAGUGCCCGGUUGGCACUGUACCCCAUCCCGGCAUGUCGUUCUCUGCCUUGGGCACCAAGAUCUUCACCUUCAUGAACCAGCGAUGCAGCCUCAUCUACGACACCAAGACGGCCGCAAUGACGAUUGGCGCCCAUGCCCCUGCUGACAUGGUCUGUGGCUUCGGCAUCACCGUGGUCGUUGAUGAGAUGCUCUAUGCAUUAUCUUACCACUUCCGCGUGAAACAACACUCCUUUGGGGUCAUGUCAUGGGGGUCCACCGCGCCGGAUGCGCUGCAACAACCAACCGAGGGCUGGUCCUGGAAGACUCUGCCGCCACCACCGCCAACGUUCCACCGCCGAGUCAACUCCUAUGCACUACACCCGGAUGGAUGCACCAUCUUUAUGUCCACAGCUAACUUCAUGACGGCACCUAGCAAAGGUUGCAUGGGCACCUACUCAUUCAACACCAAGGAUUCUGUGUGGAGAUGGCAUGGGGAGUGGGCCUUGCCAUUCAGCGGCCAAGCACACUUGGACAGGGAGCUCAACGCUUGGGUUGGCCUUGGGUGGGAUGGCUACAUCUCUGCUUGCCAAGUUGCCUCCCCCAGCUGCCACAGCACGACUCCAACACAAGAUUGGGUGGGAUUGGCAGCAACCUCGAUGAGUACGUUGAGAGGUUGAAAAUGCAGGCUUCAACACAAGAGCUCAAUUUCAAUUUUGGGGGGAAGCUUGGUGUGGAACACGCCUCAUAUUUGGUGGAAAGAGCCGAUCCGAUGAUGGGAAGUGCUGAAGUGAAGUGUGAAUUGAAGAAAAUGGGCACGCAACUAAAGCAGCUGAUCGAUUUGAAGCAGCAAGCAAAUAUGAUGGCUGGAGCAUUUGAUUGAUGUGUCAUUGCUAUGGGUUUCUUUUACUUGAUGUUCAUCAAUCGCUAGAAAUUUUUACAGUUUCAGUUUGUGUUUCAAGCUAGUUUCAGAGUCAAGGGUCCCUAGUUUCAGUUACUGUGUCUAGCUAGUAGUUUCAGUAAGUCAGGGAUCAUUUGUUAGCUGAAUGUGAAUUUGUGUGAAGCAAAUCCUGAAUUCUGGUAAUGAUAUUCAGACCCAAUGAUAUUCUCAGUUAA